CGCGCGGGUGGGGCGAGCGAGGCACCGCCCAAGAUCCGCCCGCCUUGCCGGUGCGCAUCUCACAAGAUAACCGUCUUCCUAACCGCCAGGACCGUUAAAUUAAAAAAAUAAUGUUCUAAUUUCAAAUUUCGUGGUUUUUGCGGUGAUGUGCAAUAGUGUGAAAUGCCUAGGAAACGAGUGAGCAAAUCGCCAGUGGAUAAGGGGUGGGAGGACGAUGAUGAUUUCUCCUUUGAUGAUUCACAGUCGGGUUCAGGUCGAGGUUCGCAGGAACCGCAGCACAGGAAUGCCGCCAACGCGCGCGAGCGGGCCAGGAUGAGAGUACUCUCCAAGGCAUUUUGCAGGCUGAAAACUACCCUUCCCUGGGUCCCGGCUGAUACAAAGUUAUCAAAACUGGACACAUUAAGGCUAGCUGCAUCAUACAUAGCUCAUCUGCGAGCCUUAUUGCACGAGCCUCGCUCAACGCACACACCCCGCCCAAUCAACCUGGCAUGGCCCUUCGCCUUCCAGCACGGCGGUUCCCUGAGCUGCUCAAUAUCUCAACGAUGGAGCGUCACAACACAACCCGACAAUCGCACCAACCAAACCCCCGAAAACGGCCAAAACAUGAACUGCGACUACCAGGAUUACAAUGAGGAAUAUGACGACAAAAUGUACGAAGACGCACCGAACGAAUCCAACUGCAACCAAAGUUACUGCAAUUAUGGCUAUAAAAAUAAUUACUACGAAAUGAGAAAUUAUUCGGACAACUUGGUUAACAACUCUUAAUUUGAAAAAUUGGUGAAGGAAACAAAAUAUUUAUGUAUGUCUAAAUUUAAUAAAUUAUGAUAUUUUCUAUUUUUAUUUUAAGUUUUAUUGCGUCA